UUGUAGCGCGAAUUCGGGUUUGUUUCGCUCGCACAUUUCUCUUCUCGUAAAAUCUCUGUUGAAAAAUUGCGUAAAUUUUUGACGUUCAGCAGGGUAAAUAAUAAAAAAAAACAAAACAAAUAAUAUAUAAAUCAGUAGGAGGAAACAAAGAACGUUAGUAAAACAAAAAAAGAGUAAGUAUAUAAUGACGGUGACUUGAAACUAUUUCAACUAAAUAAAAUACUAAAUAUUCUACCGGUGUUUCGCGACGGUAGACGGACAAAGAUUAAAGUCGGCUACAGUUGAUAGUACAACCAUCAUCCUCAAUUCAACCAUGAUGGGUUUGCGACCGUUGGGGGUAACAAAAUUGUUAAAUAUUGCACAAAAUGCUAUCCGUAGAAGGCAAUUUAUUUCAAGCUCAACGUUGACAACGCACGAGAACACGAUUACAUUUUCCGACGGGAAAACAUUAAAAGUUGGCACUGGUCGCCUUGCUCGAAUGGCUGAUGGUUGUGCCGUUGCGUCAUUUGGUGAUACUUCAGUAAUGGUCACGGCAGUGGGAAAGAUAAAAUCUACUCCUCAAGGUUUCAUGCCCUUGACCGUGGACUAUCGUCAAAAAGCAGCUGCCGCAGGAAGGAUUCCAACAAAUUUUCUGAGAAGAGAGCUGGGACCAACUGAACGGGAAAUAUUGACAAGUCGACUUAUUGACAGGUCCCUUCGCCCCCUCUUCCCCGACGAAUAUACAAGUGAAACUCAAAUAAUUUGUAACCUCUUGGCUGUUGACGGUGUUCAUGACCCAGAUAUUUUAAGCAUAAAUGCGGCUUCGGCAGCGUUAAGUGUGUCCGACAUCCCUUGGAACGGUCCGGUUGGAGCUGUCAGGGUUGGAAUGAUUGACAAUGAACUAAAAGUGAACCCUAGUCGGCGAGAAAUGAGUCAAAGUAUCCUUAAUCUAGUGGUGGUUGCAACCAGCCAAAAUUUGGUGGUCAUGCUUGAUGCUACAGCAGACUGUAUUUUGCAACAAGAUUUCCUCAAAGCAAUCAAGGUUGGAGUGAAAGAAUGCCAGUCAAUUAUUCAAGGGAUUACUCGACUUCAAAAAGAGGCUGGUAAACGGAAAAGAAACGAAACGGCAGCAGCAGCCGUUAUUGAAGGACAGGGACAAGAACAAGAGGCUACGAAUAAAGAAAAUUCUCUCAAAAUAGAAAAGUUAAAACCUGGUCAAAUUCCUCCCGAUUUAGCAGAUGCAGCUAAAACAUUUGGAGAAUUGAGACUCAAGGAUAUUUUCAUGGAUCACACAUUUGAUAAGUUGGGACGUGAUAAUGCGGUUUCUGCGCUUAGAAGUGAUGUGGUAGAUAAGCUUAAUAAGAAUUUCCCAAAUUAUGAUCCCAGCCUUAUCAGUGAGUCAUUUAGCAAAUUGACCAAGAAUGUGUUUCGACAGUUAAUACUAGACGAAAAGACCAGAUGUGAUGGGAGGUCAUUGGUCCAACUGAGAAACAUAUCGUGUGACGUAGAUCUUUGUAAACCACUUCAUGGAUCUUCACUAUUUCAAAGGGGACAGACUCAAGUGUUUUGUACUGUUGCUUUUGAUUCAAUUGACUCUGCACUCAAAUCCGACCCCGUUUCAGUGAUUACUGGUGGUUUGAAAGAAAAGAACUUUUUCCUUCAUUAUGAAUUUCCUCCGUAUGCCACCAAUGAGACGGGAAGAGGUGGUGGUCAGUAUGGAAGGAGGGAGAUGGGUCAUGGUGCACUAGCCGAACGAGCACUUCGUCCAGUUAUACCAAAAGACUACCCAUUUACGAUAAGGCUUACCUCGGAAGUGUUAGAAUCGAAUGGGUCAUCUUCAAUGGCGUCGAUAUGUGGGGGGAGUCUGGCGUUAAUGGAUGCCGGUGUUCCCAUAUCUGCUCCGGCCGCUGGUGUGGCAAUUGGUCUAGUUACAAAGUUUGAGGGGGGAGAUACUAAGCAUUUAGAAGAUUAUGUUCUGCUGACGGAUAUCCUGGGCAUAGAGGAUUACAUGGGAGAUAUGGACUUUAAAUUAGCUGGGACAAGGAAGGGAAUCACAGCCCUCCAGGCAGAUCUUAAGAUUCCAGGGCUUCCAUUGAAAGUGGUGAUGGAGGCUGUGUUGCAAGGAACAGAUGCCAAGAAUGAAAUUCUAGAAAUUAUGAAACAAACUAUUGCGGCACCUAGAACAAUAAAGAAGGACAAUAUGCCACUGGUGGAACAAAUUGAAGUUCCGACACAUAAACGAGCCAAAUUCAUUGGAUCUGGUGGAAGAAAUGUGAAAAAACUAACAUCGGAAACUGGUGUUCAGGUAACCGAAGUUGAUGACAUUCACCUCAAUCUCUUCGCCCCCAACCAAACAGCAUUGGAAGAAGCAAAAGAGAUGAUAAAUGAGUUUUUGACAGAACAAAGAGAACCUCAGUUAGACUUUGGGGCAAUCUAUACCGCAAAAAUUGUUGAGAUCCGGGAUAUUGGUGUAAUGGUUACUCUCUACCCAAAUAUGCAACCUGCCUUACUUCACAACUCACAACUGGAUCAAAGAAAAAUAUUGCAUCCUAGCGCUGUGGGUUUGGAAGUUGGACAAGAAAUUAAUGUCAAAUACUUUGGUCGAGACCCAGUUUCUGGUGGCAUGCGGUUAUCCAGGAAAGUUCUACAAGUUCCUCAAAUGGAUUCAACAGUUGUUCGUGAUCUCAACGCCUCGAGAUAACAUAGUCUUUACACAAUCAGUUCAUAUUAUAGUCAUGUAUGCUUAUUUGUUCAUAAUAAGGACGACAAUAAUUUUACUUAUAUCACUUGAUCAUUACAAUAUAAUAGAUUGACUGAAUACAUAUAAUUCUAGAAACUUGAA